AUGCCCAUGGCGACGAUACAUCCAUACCAAAACCUUGGUGUGAAUCAAAAACUUGCGCAACUACAGAACACGGCGCAAAGACGACUCGCGCCCGCACCUGAUGCUGGAAGAUGCAAGAAGAAAACAUAUCUUCAACAGACGUAUCCAGCGCAACCUGCCUCAGUAGCGAGGAGAAAUGCAAGGGAGAGAAAUAGAGUGAAGCAAGUAAACAAUGGAUUUGCUGCACUUCGUCAACACAUUCCGUCAGCUGUUACAGCAGCACUCGCUGGUGGUAGGGGAUCGUCGAGAAAACUCAGCAAAGUGGACACUCUUCGAUUAGCCGUUGAAUACAUAAGGAGUUUAAAAAAGUUACUAGAUGACAGCGACGAAGGAUGCUCGGAAACACAAAUGAGUUUAGGAUUAAAUACGAGUGACCCACAAACGCCGCCAUUAUCAGAAGAAUCUCAUUCGCCAGCCCCAUCUCUAUUAUCCGAAAGUUCAGCGAGUGCCAAUUGUCACGAACCCUAUGAUUCAUAUGAACCCAUGAGCCCCGAAGAUGAAGAGCUUCUUGACGUCAUAUCUUGGUGGCAACAACAGUGA